AAAGCUUCGGUGCUCAUCACUUUUGGUUCCAGUGACUCGCCGUUGUGCCAGUUUCCGCCUUCGUGCAUUAAAAAUCUGCUGCGCAACCUCCGUCGGUCUUUUCUGACGUUAGCCGUGGUUGCUGCUGUCUGUUCUCUGCACGGAUCCUAACUGUUAAGAGUCAUGGCUGAGUUGAAGGAACGUACAUUCAUUGCCAUCAAGCCUGAUGGCGUGCAGAGGGGCAUCAUUGGUGAGGUCAUCAAAAGGUUUGAGAUGAAGGGCUUCAAGUUGGUGGGCAUGAAGAUGCUCCAUGCCUCUGAGGACCUCCUGAUGAAGCAUUAUAUUGACCUGAAGGACAGACCAUUCUUUCCUACCCUCAUCAACUACAUGAGCUCUGGUCCAGUGGUUGCUAUGGUGUGGGAGGGCAAGGGUGUGGUGAAGACGGGCAGAGUGAUGCUGGGUGAGACCAACCCUGCUGACUCCAAGCCUGGAACCAUCAGAGGAGACUUCUGCAUCGAUGUCAGCAAGAACAUCAUCCAUGGCAGCGACUCAGUGGAGAGUGCCAACAAGGAGAUUUCCCUGUGGUUCAAAGAUGAUGAGUUAGUCAGCUACACUAGCUGUGCCUUCAGCUGGCUCUACUGAGGUUCUCUGGGUUCAGCAGACCUUACCUUACCGCUGGUUGGACACAAAAUGAAACUCUUGCCUCAUUUCCUGUGGUCAUCUGCAGCCUGGAGGGAGCAUAACUUGUGUAAAAUCCUUCAUGUUGCACAACUUGCCCCGCCUGUCCUCUACACAUUAUCACGGAUUUGGUCUCUGCACAGUCCACAUCUAGUCUGGAUUAAUUUCUGAACUCCAUUCCUCUAGCAACAUUCCAUGCAAUUCUUGAAUGUACAGUUAAUGGCUCCAAACCUGUCUGACUGUUUUGUUAAAGGUAAUCUGCUUUCCAAUAAAUGGACACAAUACCACCCAUUUUGUGUCAUUGGUAAAUAUGA